AUGGAAUCGGUUUUGGGCACCAGGCUGUACCGGGGUCUCUUGCCCUUCUCCGCUCUGGAGGCCACUGAGCAAAAGGCCCUGUACGUGCUGAACUACAUGGCCGUGAAGUCCCUGCACCGCAGGCUGCGAGGCUGUGAGCCGGGCCUGCUGGCCACUGUUUUCUGCGGCUACCUGAGCGACUUGCUGUGCGUGCCCACCAGCAUUCCCAUGGAGGCCUGCGUGACCCAGCUGCAGACGGCCCCCAAGGGCGCCGACCGCAAAGAGAUCGUCCGCCAGGCGCUGCUCACGCGUCAGGGGCUGAUGUCCGCCUGGGCCUCCGGCAAAGCGUACUUUGUGCUGUCCUUGAAGCCGGGCGUGGAGUUUGCGCUCUUUGACUGGGUCAAGGCCAUGAUCCUCCAGGCGCAAGGCGGCCAGGCCAAGGAAUUGCGGAGCAUCACGGCCUUCUUUCUCGGCGCAGUUGCCCGGGGCAUCGCCACCUGCCUGGUGUAUCCCUACGUGAGAGGAAAGGCUUUGAUGCAGGCCAAGUUGGCGUCGAGCCCCACCGAAGCUCUGCGCAAGAUCCUCGAGAAGGAGGGCUUCCCGGCGCUCUACCGGGGCCUCAGCAUGGAGAUCAUGCGAGGCAUGACGCAGUCAGCAGUGAUGUUUGCAGUCAUGGAGCGCCUGCGCGCCUCCGUGCGCGCGAAGCUGCUGCCAUUGUCCGGCUGA